AAAAAAGUUAUAAGGAUCUAGAAGAUGAAGAUCAUCACCACCGCUCAAGGACACCGAAACGCGCUCUCCUGACGCCGAUCUAUCAAAUAACUAAAGCGCUGCUGACUCCACCCACUCCGUCGAGACUCAUUGAUUAUUCAUGGCUUUGGACGAGCUUCGGUUUUUCUUCUUUUUAGGCAAACGGGUUCGACGCUUGAUCAUUUUUGUUUCUUCCAGCAAGCUGUAAUCUUCCCGAGAACUACCCAAGACCUGUGACCUGAAAAAUCUUGCGCUAUUUUUACAACACGUUCUGAAAAUCGGGAAAGAUGUCCGUGAAGAUUCUUGCCCCGCCCACAGCACCUCUAGCGGAAGAGGACGCGGGCGUCGACCACGAGCGAGCAAGCGUUUCCUCUUCUUCGGUUGAUGAAGGCCUUGUUCUGACGGACGAUAAGGAGCUACAACAACUUGAGCACCUCCCUCCACGUCAAUCUGCGCUAGCAGAGCAGACGCACUCAGGUCGGGCACCAUCAGCCUCUACUACUUCUGCCGGUGCAGCCGUUAUUUUCUCCCCCGAGGACCGCCGCCACGGAGUUGCAACGAGAGGAGCUUCCUUCGACCAGAUACAACUGCAUCAACACGAGGUGAAUUCCUGCAGAUGCUGCCUCUGCGGCGUUUCUCUGACCGACGAGAACAAACCGGGCGAGAACAACAGUUCCACGGUUUGCCUCAACUGCCUGAAGCAAGAAGCUUUAUCCGCGCUCAACGCCGACGGGAAAAGCAGCGGCUUCCCGACUCUCUGUCAAGUGAAGAUGUGCAAGGGUUGCCACCGGUACGCAGCUAUGCAAUGCAAAAGUAUCGUAUUCGUAACUAGUAUAAAUUGCAUUACAAAUUAGCCCAGCAUUACAAAUUGCAUUGCAUUUGUAAUGCUGAUUUACCUCGAGGGAGAGAUUUGAAAUGCGUGAUCGCAAUUACUACGAGUACGAUACUUUUGCAAUGCAUAGCCGCCCCGUCUGGCGGCACAGCGAACAGCUCCGGGUCGCAGACAAAGCACUGGCUGAAAUGCGACUGGGAAUCUCGGGAACUGCUCGGCUUGUGCUUGAAAUCCCUCUGCCACAGCUGCAACCACUUGUCUACUUCUUCUAGAGAAUCUCUUGCGGGCGGCGGCAGUGUUGCUGGGUCGACGUGUUCAGGCUCCGCGAAGAGCAGUGGCACAAGCUCUGGAGCUGCAUCUGUAGCGUUGUUAUACCAAGGUUUAUCCCCAAACGACAUUACCGACGCUAUGUUUCUCUACACGGAGCCGCAUUCGAGACGGAUCAAAGUCCGGGUGACUAUCCCGACGAAGACGGCAGUUGGAGGAGCAUCAAGUGCUACAAGCAGCUUCCAGAAUCUCCUCGAGACGCAACGGGAAGUUGAGUACGUCGUGAAAACGGAGCAGUGUCCGGACUGUGCAAGGGAGUAUACACCGCACACGUGGACGUUCCUGAUCCAGGUGCGGUUAAAAAAGUCGAAGUAUACGACGAGUAGUGCUUACACGCGCCGGGUUUUUUCGAAGCUAGAGCAGAUCAUUCUGGAGAAACAGAACAACGAGAUUGUCCAGCACUUGGUGAAAACGGACCUGCAGGACAGUUCCGCGGACUUUUAUUUCCGGAACAAAAUCCACGCCAACAGCUUCUGCGAACUUGUGUCGAAAAACUUUUUGUUGGACGAGAAGAAGGAAUCGAAGACGUUGAUCAAGUACGACGAGCAGAACGCGUUUUCCAGAUACAAGUUCACGACGCUGCUCUCGCUCACCCCGAUUCUGAAGUGGGACCUGGUGUGCGUCACGCAGCCGAAGUUGUUGUCCAAACACCGGAUCAAGAUCAAAAACGUCGCAGAUUUGCAAAAGCAGAGCUCCUAUGGAUUGCAAAAGUGUCUGGGUCUGGAAACUUGUGAUGCUGGGCGGCGUAUCAUGAGGAGGCAACAAGUGCUGGCUCAGCAUGACAAGUUUCUGAGCUUCUAGGUAUUGCCUCUUGUGCAUGACAAACUGCGUUUCUGCAUGACAGCAAAGUGCAAGUGGGUCUCUUGGGUAAUGUGCAUGACAGAUUUACGAGCCAUGUGAAACAAGCAUGACAAACUUGCGUUCCUCCAGACCCAGACAUUUUUGCAUUUGAUAGCUCCAGUCGGGUGCUGCUGUGCGUGAACAGCCGGAAUGCGAAGUUGGAGCUGUAUGGAAGCGUCAGGUUUGAAAUCGUCAAAGUUGAAAUAAUUUCUCAUGCAUAAAUUGCAAGACAUGAAGCGCCUCUCUUGCAGGGAUGGCAGGCGAGGCCGACUGUCAGCCUGUUUGGCGUUUACGAUAGAGCUGCUAAAGUAGCAUGACAAAAGACGCCUUCUGUCCCUAAACAGCAUGACAAACUGGAUUUAGGCUCUACCCAAAUUUGUCACGCGCCACUUGAAAACUGGGCUUCAAUUGGCAUCCAUUUUAUGCAUCACAAACUAUUUCAUUUCAACUUUGACGAUUUCAAUCCUGACGCUUCCAUAAGCUGCUCGACUCGAAUAGCGGCAAGCUGUACGUUUGUCACGACUCGAAAGGGCUGCUCACGAUUGCCGACAAGUCCGCGGUUAAGGAGUUCACCAUCAUGGACAUCGAGCAUAAUUUUUAUACCGGCAAUAGGAAUAGAAGUAGCUCCUGUACAUCUACCGGAGCUGUAGCAGCAGGUAGCGAAUUCUGCAUGACAAGUAUGGCGUCAGUGUCCCGGACGUCGGACUUGGGAACGACAGAAGAUGGGAAUCAGGUGCAUGGGGUGCACCUCAUCUCGAAGUUCGGAACAAGAACUACGUCAGCAGGAGGAGGAGGUGCUGCGGCUGCUGGUGCGGGUUUAACUACUUCAAGAGCGGGGGCUACUUCUGUUUCAUCAUCUGACAACAAUGCGACGACGAGGAGGACUUCAAUAGUACCAUUACCAGCUGCACAAGAAGAACAUCUUCAAAAUAACCCGACUGCAGGAGAUGUUGCCAUGCGCCAGAAACGACCCGACCACAACCAGCACGGGCAGGGCUUUGCGCAGCUCGACGUGAUAUGGAAGCGUCAGGUUUGAAAUCGUCAAAAUUGAAACGAUUUGCCAUGCAUAAAAUGGCUACCAGUUGGAAGCCCAACUUCCAGGCGGCGCAUGACAAAUUUUCGGAGCACCGGAAUCCAAUUCGUCAUGCUGUUUGGGCGCAGAAGACUGCUUUUGUCAUGCUCCUCUAGCAGCUCUAUCCCAAAUAACCCUAAAUAGGCUCGCAAUAUACCUCACUUGCCAUCCCGGCGAGACAGGCGCUUCAUGCCUUGCAUUUAAUGCAUGACAAACUAUUUCAGUUUUCGUUUUGACGAUUUCAAACCUGACGCCUCCAUACGUGAGUGACGAGGUGUAUGGGUAUGAUUUGCGGUGUUUGGUCCGUUCCGAACUGGAAGAGAUUGCGCAGGAGGGGAACAAAAACGGGGACGAGUUGAACGUGGCCUGGAACAUCCCGCCGGUGGUGCUGUGCUACAAGGUUUAGAGCAAGUAGGCGAAAAGUUGGUUCUUCUUCGUGUUCGUGCUAGACACGCGGAAGAUCAUGUGAAGACGACCUGGUCGUCCACCACCACCUCGUGGCAGGAGCUAUUGCGGAGCUGCAUCGCGCCCCUUUCAGCCUUGUUUCAUUCCUCGAUAGAAGUCCACUUCUUGUUCUCAGAACAAUCACGAAAGUGAAGUACAAAAAUAAGUAAGGACAACUCCACCUGACUCGUGCCAUUUUUGCUUUUGGCAAUGCAGGCUUUAUUUCUUUGUCUAAUCGCG